GUUCUUACAUGUUAGACCAAUGAACAGCAUGUUUACAAAUGUUUUAAUUAACACCCAAUGAAAUUACUUGUCAUUAGAAUGUAGCGGGGAAAUUAAAAAUAAAUAAAGUAACUGGUAGAUUUAAACAAAACAAAACAAAGAAUGGAGCCGCGUGUUUUGCAACCUGUCAACGAUGCUAAUAAACCAACAUCAAAUGACGGAACUCCAAAGGGAAAAAAAGUUUGGUCCCUGGCUGAUUUUGACAUUGGAAAGCCACUAGGAAAGGGAAAAUUUGGCAAUGUUUAUCUUGCAAGAGAAAAAACCACAAAGUUUAUUGUCGCAUUGAAGGUUCUGUUCAAAUCCCAGUUGCAGAAGUCUGGUGUAGAACAUCAGCUGAGGCGAGAAAUAGAAAUACAGUCGCAUCUGCAACAUGAUAACAUCCUGCGCCUGUACAACUGGUUCCAUGACAAGACCCGUAUUUACCUGAUACUGGAGUACGCCUACAGGGGAGAGCUGUAUAAGGUUCUACAGAAGGAGAGGCGCUUUGAUGAGAAGACAACUGCCAAGUACGUGUACCAGCUGGCCAAUGCCCUCAAGUACUGCCACAGCAAGAAGGUGAUCCAUCGAGACAUCAAGCCAGAGAACCUACUCCUUGGUCUGACUCAGGACCUCAAGAUUGCGGACUUUGGCUGGUCCGUACAUGCUCCAUCCUCCAGACGUACGACGCUGUGCGGCACUCUGGACUACCUGCCCCCGGAGAUGAUUGAGGGCUCCUACCAUGACGAGAACGUCGACCUCUGGAGCCUGGGAGUACUGUGCUACGAGCUGAUGGUUGGCAAGCCUCCCUUCGAGACGGAGAGCAACUCAGAGACUUACAGACGGAUAACACGUGUGGAUAUACGCUACCCUCCCUGCGUGACCCCUGGAGCAAGAGACUUGAUUGGAAGUUUAUUGCGACACGACCCCAGAACGAGGAUGCCAUUAGAGGAUGUGAUGAAACAUCCAUGGAUCGUUGCCAACUACUCCCCAAAAUAGGUGGAGUGUCAAGGACAGAAAGACAGCACUCAUGAGUUAUAUGAGCUGUCAAGGACAGAAAGACAGCACUCAUGGGUUUGUUUUUUUUUAAAUAUUUGAUCUUGAACAUGUGCAUGUAAAAAAAGCCAUCAUAUGAUUAUAAGUGACGCUUUAAAAUACAAUGUGCAAUAAGGAUGUGUUGUAAAAAAAGAAACCAAUUAAAUAUCCAUUAUAUGAGUUAUAAUUUACCAAGAGAUGGACUUUUAAGGCCAUAUUUGAUGCUGUUGGUGGCGAUGGGUAGAACCUGCCAAAUAAUAUUUUUCGGGCCAGUCAAAGGCCAACGUUGACAAGACAACUUAUUCUGAUGUCUAUUUGAUUGUUUUUUGUGGGUUAUCAUUUAGCUUGCAAUUUAAUGAUAAGUGUUCUCAAUAUACAAAUAUUGCUUUUCUGUUUGCUAAAUUUUCUUGAACUUUUCUUGUUCCAUUUUCAUAAAAUCUAUUUACAUUGCUUUUAUAUUUGCUAAAUUUUCUAGAACUGUUCUUGUUCCAUUUUCAUUAUUUCAUGUAAUUCACAUAUCCAGCUUUCAUGAUAUUUUUUAAUUGGAUAACUUAAUAUAAUUAUACUUUAAUAUGAAUAUUAUGCAUAUGCAAUAGAAUUUAAUGCUGCUUUUUUAUGCCUCAAAAUUACAUUUAAUAUGUGUAGUGUUCUUUGAGAGGGAUUUAAUGCAUGUGCGUAAAGUGUCGUCCCAGAUUAGUCUGUGUAGUCCGCACAGGCUGAUCAAUGAUGACACUUUUCACUUUUAUGAUAUUUUCGUUUAAAGAGUCUCUCCUUUGCAAAAAGCAGUUUAUGCAUAAAGUGUCGUCCCUGAUUAGCCUGUGCAGACCGCACAGGCUAAUCUGGGACGACAUUUUACGCAUAUGAUUUCACUCCUUUUUUCACAGUGCGACUCAUUGAAUACCCUCCUCAUGGGCACAAACAUGAUCUUAAUUCUUCUUUUACUUAGAAUCAGAUAUCUUAGUUACUGUUCAUCUUUCAUUGCAGUUCUCUGCCAUUUUAUUAUAUCUGUGUUUCAGUUUGUGUUUAAUCUUUCAAAAUUUCUACUGUCUUAUCUUAAUUUCUUUGUAAAAUGUGACUGUAUUUGUGUACCUUCAUGUUUUCACUUAAUGUAAAUACUUAGUUCAUUGUUUGAAAUGUAAAUAUUUUCAAUAAAUAAGAAAUAAAUGUAUACAUAAACAA